AGCCUUCGAAACCAAACAAGAGCGCGAUCAAUUAGUCAAAUAACAAGUUUCCAAGAAACAGUUUACGAUAAAUGUGUUUAUUAUAAACACAAUAUUAAUGCAAAUGAUAAGUGAUAAAUCUCUUUAACAAAACACGCGACAAAUGAGAGCAUUCUCGCUGAGAGAAUCGUUCGGAAAUGGUGCAGAGAUUUUAUUAGCGCGCUAUCGUACUUCUUCCUGCUGAAUUGUCACACGAUUGCAAGUUCUUUCCUCUAUUAGUGUUUUUUCGAUAACGACACCAGGUUUUACGACAACAUGAGGAGCUACGCCCUUGCAGGAGCCGUCCUCCUACUGGUCAUCCCCUUCUCCCACUCCCUCUACACCCGCAUCACCACCUACGACCUAAUGAAAUGUUCCUACGGCGAACGCGGCUCCCUCACGGCCACCUGCAUCAACGCCACCAGCCAGUACUUCAAGAACACCCCCUACAGAUUCGACCACCUGGACGAAACCCUCCGGUGCGUCAACUGCACCCUCCAAACCCUCGAAACCGGCAGUUUCGACAUCUCCGGCAACCAAAUCAAAAAUUUGGACCUAUCCAACAGCUUAAUCGAGCAAAUCAGGACGAAGGCCUUCGUGGGGCUAAUUUUCCUCCAACAACUGAUUCUCUCCAACAACAACAUUAAGUCCAUCUACCCCCAAACCUUCAGUGGGGUGAAGAAAAUCACCUACGUGGAUUUGGGCAACAACUCCAUUAGUAUUCUUUCGGAUGACGGGUUCCUGGAGUUGAUCAGUUUGGAGAGGCUCAAUUUGAAGAACAACCACAUCAAAAGUAUUGCACAGUCGGCUUUCAAGGGUUUGGUGCAUCUGCAUGAGCUCGAUUUGAGUUAUAACGAGAUCAGUGACGUGAAGGACGUGUUCAAUAAUUUGACGGCUUUGAAGCUGCUGGAUUUGAGUUAUAAUAAGAUCUCGGUGUUGACUGCGAAGGAGUUUGAUAAUUUGACGGCUUUGUUGGAGGUUAGGUUUGGUCAUAAUCACAUCACUUCGAUUCCGGAGUCGGAAUUCUGUGUGAUGAGUAGCUUGAGGCGUUUGGAUUUGUCUUAUAAUGCUAUUGAUAGAGUCAUUGCUGGGUCCUUCAAGGGUCUUAGUGCUCUGGAAGAUCUAGAUCUUAGUUACAAUAACAUUAUGGAGAUUCCGCAAAAGACGCUUCAAAGUCUGCACAACCUCCAAUACCUCAACGUCUCCCACAAUCUUCUCAAGAUCUUCCAAACUGGUCUCUACACCGGGUUGCCCCAACUCCGGGUUUUGAACUUCUCUAGUAACGUUAUGGAGGAUAUUGAGAUCACGGGAGUUUUCUCUUUGGACAGUCUGGAUACUCUGGAUUUCUCUCGCAACAACAUCUCCUAUAUCGAUUACGUCCGACUCAUCUCCAGGCUGCCAAAAAUCUCCUAUUUGAACUUGGAGGACAACUUCUUGUCCUGCGGUCUGGAACAAGAGAUGGAGAAUUAUUUCGCGGAGGAUAAUUUCAAGUUUAUUUUGUACAGCAACAAGCUAGGAAGCGUUAAGUGUGUGGAAAACGGUCCAACUCCCCAACCCAAGCACUACAUCCGUAAGGACAGUUUGGUAGUGGAAGAAGUGGAGAAGUCUGGAAAUGGGGUGCAUGUUUGGGCUUUCGUGCUGAUUGCCGUCACGUUGGUCUUAGUUUGUGUUUUGUACUAUUUACAGCUCCGUACUUAUCAGGAAAUGAGGGCUCUUUCCGUUCGACCUAACCGGACUACGUCCGAAGUCCAGCUGAUUUCGUCCGACUUGGAAGCGAGAGAUAACGAUUUUUUAAAAGAAUGAGAUGGGGAGGACGUGUACAUAAAACUAUAUAGAGAAUGAUAUUUUAAGAUUAGACUAGGAUUUAUUGUGACAUUGUUCUAAGAAUUUUAAAUAAAGUAAAGCAAUUAUGUUUAAAGUAUGUGUGAUAUCGGUUGUUUGUGGUUUGUGAAGACAUGAUGUUAAAAUUUAAGACGUGCUCGAACAUAUCAAUAAAAUUAUGACAAAAUAUUGUACUAAAAUUAAA